UGGCGCUCAAUCACUGGACAGAAAAAAACAUGAUGAUUAUGUUUUAGAUUUUAAUGUUUAUCCAAAAGAUAUCAAAGCGUUGUUCCAUGGCAUGAAAAAGCAAAUGAAGAAAACGGUUGUUAAGUUUUUUUUAAAAAUAUACUUUAUGUAACCAAUCAAUAUUAUGCAUAAAUCAUUCUCAACAGAGUUAAAACUACCAGGGUGUUCUCAAUGUAAGAGCAAUGCAGAAUACUACUGUAGGACAUGUGAACAAGAUUUGUGUGUACCCUGUAAGGAGGAACAUGUGAUAGACUUCGACACAAAACACCAUGAUGUAGUGAUUGAUAGCUUAAAUUAUGGAGACAUUAUGUUACUGGAGACUUGUGAGAGACACCCAGGCAUGAUCUGUGAUAUGUGGUGUCUAACUUGUAAUCUUCCUCUUUGUUCUGACUGUGCAGGGCACCUAAUACACGAAACUCAGGAUCUAAAGUCGGUCUAUGAAUCUUACCGGGAACAAAAUCAGGGAAGAAUUCUUCAUCUAAAAAGUGAGAUCAUUCUGCAUAAUUUUUAUAUCCAGGCAGAAAUCAACCGUGAUUUUAUAUCUUGUCAAAUUGAAAUAUCCAAAAUCCAAAAAAGUAUUGUUUUCAAAGCUGAAAGGCUGAAGCAUCAGAUAAAAGUUAUCAUAGAGGGUAUAAAGAAAAUGAUACCAUACAUAAAGUCUAACGAGAAACAUCAAAGGAGACACAUUAGAUACUUACAAAAACAUGUAACUAGAUCUGAACUGUCAGCAAACAGAGCAAUAAAGUUUCUUAAAGUCUUUAAGAAAAACUCUGCUUUCAAAAUAAAUGACACUCCGAGUGCAUUGAUUGUAAACGUUCACAUCCCAAGUGAGGAAAUCAACAAAGAUAGUGUUUUAAAUUGCCUAGGAUUAAUCCAAAUUACAGAGUCAAGAAAAAGAGAAGUAAGAAAUGAUCAGCUGUUGAGAGUGAUGUCUCCACCAGAGUUAAAGAAAUCUUUCAAAGCGAGACCUACACGGGCUCUUGAUGUUAUUCUUCAUAUCUCCUGUUUGACAAGAGACAUUGCCUGGGUCAGCAGUUGGUACAAUUUAAAGUUGACAGACACAGCAGGUGAAAAUUUAUUUAUUCUAAAAGAUAAAUGUAAAAACAGUGGUGUUCACACAGUUACUAGAGAAGGAAAUCUUGUGUACAUAGAUGAAAAUUUUAGCAUUAAGAAACUCUAAUUAAACAAUGAAACUACGUCUACAAUAAUGAAGAUAAUAGAACCCUGGA